AUGCACAGAUUGGAGAAAGAUGAUAAUGCUGAUAAUCUCCGGAAAGAGUCAUCAUUUUUCUACCCUCCCCCAGAUGGGGGUUGGGGUUGGGUUGUGGUGCUGGCUGCAUGUACUCACUCUUUGCUUGUCAGUGGAUUCCACAAUGCUUUUGGUGUGUACAUGAUUUCAUUACUUGAGACUUUCCAGUCAAGUAGGUCACGAACAGCCUGGAUUGGAUCAGUCAGUUAUGGUUUCAUUAUGAUUUUUGGUCCCGUUUCUGGAAAACUUUUGCAGAAAUAUGGAGCCAUCAAAGUAGCAAUAUUUGGAGCUCUAGUUGUCAUGUUAGGUGUUGUUUGUUCCUCUUAUGCUGGUGAUAUACGUGUUCUAUUUUUAACCCAUGGAAUCCUAGUAGGUGUAGGAUCAAGUUUCGCUUCUACUCCAGGCUUGAUAAUGGUGAGCCUUUACUUCACCACAAAGCGUUCCUUUGCAACUGGGAUUGUGAUGGCUGGCGGGGCAGCAGGAACUCUGGUACAGAAUCAGGUGCAUCGAUACCUAAUCAAGGCAUUUGGAUGGAGAACUAGUCUGCGUGUGUAUUGUGGAAUUCUAACAAUAUGUAUUUUUGCUGGGUUUGCAUACAGACCACUUGAAAAACGAAGACAUCCAAGUGUUGUUGAAAACUUUCAGACAUCACCUUUAAGAGGUUUCAUUGUAGAUCUGAGUUUAUGGAAGGAUAGUAUCUUUGAGUUAUGGGUUUGUGCUCUUGGAUUAGCAAAAUUUGGAUUCUUCAUACCCUUUGUGCAUAUGAUGAAACUUGCAGGUGACUUGGGCAUUUCUUUGGAUGAUGCAUCAUACAUUAUGGUAGGAAUUGGAAUAAGCAGCCUGCUCAGUUCUCUUCUAUUUGGGAAGAUAUGUGAUUUAGAAAGUAUCAACCGCCUUUAUAUUAACCAGGCAUCUGUACUGUCUGUUGGGCUGUUGUACUUGACAAUUCCUCUGUGCACAACUUUCCCCUCCCUAAUUGCUUUUGGCUCGCUGUUGGGAUUUUUUGAUGCAGGAAACUAUGUUCUUUUACCUGUUCUAACGCUAGACUUGAUGGGAGCAGAGAAAAUGCCUGUGGCCUGGGGAUUUAUGAUGGCUGUCCACACAAUUAGUUGUUUUGGUCCACCAUUUGCAGGCUGGAUAUAUGACUUAUUAGGAAGUUACAACAUUGGAUUUGUAGUGCCUGGACUUUGCUCUGUUGCAGCAGCAGGUAUUCUUGCUUUCAUUCCACGGCUUAAAAAUACAGCAGUACAACAGAAGAAGAACAUUAUUCAUGCUUCUGUUUGUGAGAUAACAAACAGUAUAAUACCUUGGGAGUCACCACCUCAUUCAAUACAGAGUCUAAAUGAUUCAUAUACAAAGUACAGUUCUGUUUGGACUUCCAGAGCAGACUUACCUAAAGUUGAGGAUACUACUGUAGCAUCUCCAAUAGAAAGCACAGCAAAGGUAGAACCAGUGUUUCUUGAAGAAUGUGAGGCUUCAGAUUCAAAAAAAGAAGCAUAUGUGACUUUUGUAGAUGUUGAACAAUGUGAAGAUGAAGCGCUACAUGAUGAAGGCACAGCGAAGGUAGAAGAAGUACCUCUUGAAGAAAAUGAGGCUUCAGAUUCAAAAAAAGCAGCACUCGUGGCUUUCAUAGAUGUUGAACAACAUGAAGAUAAAGACGUACAUGAUGAAGGCACAGCGAAGGUAGAAGAAGUACCUCUUGAAGAAGAUGUUGAACAGCGUGAAGAUGAAGACCUACGUGAUGAAGACACAGCAAAGGUAGAAGAAAUACCUCUUGAAGAAGGUGAGGCUUCAGGUUCAAAAAAAGCAGCACAUGUGGCUUUCGUAGAUGCUGAGGAACACGAAGAAGAAGACCUACAUGAUGAUGAACAAAAAUGA